CGUGCAUUUGCGUAUUUUUCUAUUUUCCGGAUGCAAUUUGUUUUCUAAAAUGAAACUGGAACGUUGGUGAUGUCUAUUUGAUCGUGGUUGCAUUUUCUUUGAGAUAUUCCCUGUCCGUUUGGAUUUGCCUGAAUUUCGAAAGAGCAAGCAGCCGGAAGUUCUCUUCCCUUUCCGUUUGGAUUUUUGCCUGAACUUCAUUUUUCCCGUCGAAGUGCACAGUCACAAUCACGCGCUAUGUCGUCGCAGUCGAACGAUUUUGUCGAAGGUGAUGUAAAUACUGAAUUGGGUGCUUCCUUGAUCGUCACUGGCAAGUACGGUCGGCUAUGGCGGCGAAGUAGCUUAUACAUUCGAAUCUUCAUUUCUCUCACGAGAACAACAACUACAACUACCACAACACAUGAAUCUGAACAAUCACCACAUUAUACCCCAUUACCCACCUCACCAUCACCUCCCACUAGAACUUCCUCGGCUAAAUCUUCUAUUGAGAUUAACAUUGCCUCUGAUAACGAAGAGGAUAUUGCGUGCGUAGAACAGCGCAUCAAGAACAGUAUUGCUCGUAUCGUGAAGGACAAGGACUUGGAAUUGCUUCGUGAGCUCGGGGGAGUCAACCGUGUUCGCUCAGUUUUAAUUCAUCGUCAAUCAGAGGAGGGCAAUAUUGAUAAUGGGAACCAUCAAGUGUUGGAGACCACUGACCAAGUUCAUGGAAGGAGGCUCUUGUACUGUUUUACGAAUAGCUGCAAACGCAAUAGUUACACUAUUUCGUUACUCAUGAUCUCAGCCUUGUUGUCCUUGGCCACAGAGAUCAAGCAGGAAGGACCUAAAUAUGGUUGGCAUGAUAGUGCUGCCAUUGUUGUUGCCAUAAUUAUGAUUGUCGCUGUCUCUUCAGUGGCAAACUAUGGGCGUGAAAGAAAGAUGCUAAAAUUAUCGGAGAAGAAGGGCGAGUUGAAAUUUACUGUUGUUAGAUGUGAAACCUCCCAAAUGGUGGCCAUAUCUGAUAUUAUGGUUGGUGAUAUAGUGUGUCUUAAGCGAGGUGAUGAGGCUCCGGCUGACGGUUUGCUUCUAAAUAAUGAACACUCUGUGCAGGAUGAGAUGUUGGACCCAUUUCUCUUGUUUGGCUCCAAAGUAUUUUAUGGGGGUGAAACUUCGAUGCUUGUAACAUCAGUUAGAGACGAAAAAUCAGUUGAGAUGCAGAAUUCAGCGGCAAAUAGGCCUAAAAAGAUUACGCUGUUGGAAAGUCGAAUUGAGAAGCCGAUUUCUAUCAUUGAUAAAGUUGCCCUUCUUAUCUCUACAUUGGUUGCGCUUGUGGUGCUCAUUCGCCUGCUUAGCAAGAAAAAUGGGGACAAUAACGGGUUACCAGAAAUUAAGGGUAAGGUUUCUGUUGGCUUCCUGAUAGAAUUGAUGGAGAGAAUUUUCUUGAAACCGCAAGGAAAAGUUUCCAUUUUAACUAGCCUUUUAACUGUUGCAAUUAUAAGCGUGCAACAUGGGGUACCACUUAUGGUUACACUUUCUCUCAAAUACCAAAUUGACAAGGUGGUAUCAAAUGAAGCUGCAGAUCUUCAUGAUUUAUCGUCAUGUGCAACAAUGGGGUUGGUUACAGUCAUCUGCAUCGAUGCAUCUGGUGGGCUAAUGUCUAAAUUGACGGAGGUUAGUAGAGUUAGGGUUGGAGAGAGAGAUUUCAGUCGUGAUGGGGCUUCAGAAAUUAAUGCCGUUGUCUGUGACAUACUUCAGCAAGGAGCCAGCGUAUCUGUUCUUGCUCCGGAAUUUACUCUUUCUCCAGUGUCCAACUCACUUAGUUCUUGGGCAAAAAAAACUUGGGGCGUGAACAGUGAAUCUUUUAGUCAGAACUUUACCAUCCUUAAGCAUAACAAACAUAAUUAUAAGGAAGAUGGAAGUGGAGUUUUGGUGAGCAAAAUUGGAGACCAAGAACAAGUUCUGCACUUGCACUGGAGUGGGGCAGCACGUACAAUACUGGAAAUGUGUUCACACUACUAUGAUAUUAAUGGGGAAUGCUGUGGCAUAACAAAUCAGAAAGUCCAAUUUGAGGAGGUCAUUAAAGAAAUGGAGGAUAGCGGUCUUGAGCCUAUAGCGCUUGCUUAUCAAAAGACAGAGGCUCAGGAACUUCAGCGAGGUGGACUAAUCUUGCUAGCUCUGAUAGGUCUUAAACACUCUUCAUACCUUGAAGAGACAAAGUUGGCAUUGGCAGACCUCAAAAAUGAUGGUGUCAAGAUCAAAUUGGUGUCAGAGCAAGACAUCAUGGCAGUGAGAGCCUUAGCUUGUGAACUAGGAAUAGAAGUUCCCGUUGAAGAUGGUGUUAUUGUUGAAGGAAAAGAAAUUCAAAAUUUGAAUAGCACAGCCAGGUUAAAGAAGUUGGAUGAAGCACUGGUAAUGGGAGGUUUCUUUCCUAAUGACAAGGUUCUCAUGAUUCAGAGCCUGCAAGAUGGAGGCCAUGUGGUUGCAUUCUUUGGAGCGUUGACAGUAAGUGAUGCUGCAGUUCGAGAGGCGGCUGAUAUAGUCAUAGAUGAUAAGUCUCAGAACCCAGAAGCUGAUAGGGAGUGUUCUAAUAUAUCUAUCGAACGUUUCAAUGCAAUAACUAUAACUAGGAAGUCUGGUAGAUGUCAAUAUCUCAAUACUCAAAAGUUCAUUCAACUUCAGCUCACAGCUAGUUUAUCCGGGUCAUUCAUAACCUUGAUUGCAGCAAUGUGCACUGGACAGUCCCCACUAACGCCCUUCCAAUUGAUUUGGGUGAACAUGAUAAUGUGCCUUUUGGGAGGCCUGAUGAUGUUAAUGGAGUUAAACAUCAAGGAGGAUCAGCAUGCGAACCAACUAAAUAACCGGAAGCAGUCACUCAUAAGCCACGAAAUCUGGAUGGACAUCGCAAGUCAUGUACUGUAUCAGGCUUUUGUUUCCAUGAUAUUUCUUUUUGGAGGGCAAGUUACAGACAGCACAAAACAAGUUAGGACCACCAUGAUCUUCAACAUAUUCAUGCUAUGUCAGGUCUUCAAUCAGCUCAACAUCUUGGGCCUAAUGAAGAAGGGAGUUUUCAAGAUUGUUCUUAAGAGCUAUUGUUUCUUGGUUACAUUAGGAGUGAGUUUGGUUAUGCAGGUUCUGGUGAUUCAGUAUGCAAGGAGCCUAGCAGAUUACCUGAGGCUGAAUGCAACUCAAUGGGCUAUCUGCAUCGUAGUUAGUGCUCUUUCAUGGGUAAUUCAAUGGCCAUUGAAGAUGAUUCUUAAUUGGAUGUUUCAUCAUGCUCAUUCUUUCCUCUGUACCAUACAAAUGUAGAAUUAGCACUCACCCACCCGCCAGUGUAUUAUAUGUGCAGUAUUGACCAUAGAAGCCAAACAUUUUGAUAGUAAUAGAUUUAGUGCCCAUUUAGAUUUCAGAUUACAUUUAAAGUACAUUUAGAUGAUCCAACUAUUUGUUGGGUUUGGCAAAAGCACAUUCCAAAUGUGGUUUAAAUAUAUUUUUAAAAGUUA